AUGAACGCCACGGGGUCCCCGGCGGCCCCCGAGUCCUGUCAGCAGCUGGCGGCCAGCGGCCACAGCCGGCUCAUCGUCCUGCACUACAACCACUCGGGCCGGCUGGCGGGCCGCGGGGGCCCCGACGAGGGCAGCCUGGGGGCCCUGCGCGGGCUGUCGGUGGCCGCCAGCUGCCUGGUGGUGCUGGAGAACCUGCUGGUGCUGGCGGCCAUCGUGAGCCGCAUGCGCUCGCGGCGCUGGGUCUACUACUGCCUGGUGAACAUCACGCUCAGCGACCUGCUCACGGGCGCGGCCUACCUGGCCAACGUGCUGCUGUCGGGCGCCCGCACCUUCCGCCUGGCGCCCGCCCAGUGGUUCCUGCGCGAGGGCCUGCUCUUCACGGCGCUGGCCGCCUCCACCUUCAGCCUGCUGUUCACGGCCGGCGAGCGCUUCGCCACCAUGGUGCGGCCGGUGGCCGAGAGCCGCGCCACCAAGACGGGCCGCGUGUACGGCUUCAUCGGCCUGUGCUGGCUGCUGGCCGCGCUGCUGGGGCUGCUGCCGCUGCUGGGCUGGAACUGCGUGUGCGCCUUCGAGCGCUGCUCCAGCCUGCUGCCGCUCUACUCCAAGCGCUACGUCCUCUUCUGCCUGCUGGUCUUCGCCUGCGUCCUGGCCGCCAUCACCGGCCUGUACGGGGCCAUCUUCCGCGUCGUGCAGGCCAACGGGCGGAAGGCGCCGCGCCCCGCCGCGCGCCGCAAGGCCCGGCGGCUGCUGGAGACGGUGCUGCUCGUCCUGGCCGCCUUCCUGCUGUGCUGGGGGCCGCUCUUCGGCCUGCUGCUGGCCGACGUGUUCGGCUCCAACGUCUGGGCGCAGGAGUACCUGCGCGGCAUGGACUGGAUCCUGGCGCUGGCCGUGCUCAACUCGGCCGUCAACCCCGUCAUCUACUCGUUCCGCAGCCGCGAGGUGUGUCGCGCCGUGCUCAGCUUCCUCUGCUGCGGGUGUCUGCGGCUGGGCCUGCGGGGCCCCGGGGACUGCCUGGCCAGGGCCACCGAGGCGCACUCCGGAACCUCCACCACCGACAGCUCGCUGCGGCCGCGGGACAGCUUCCGGGGCUCCCGGUCGCUCAGCUUCCGGAUGCGGGAGCCCCUGUCCAGCAUCUCCAGCGUGCGGAGCCUCUGA